AUGGCGGCACAGGACCCAUGGACGCACAUCAGCGUCCAGGUGAGGUCCCCGUGCGGUGCCGUCGCGCCACGUGGCCGGGGCCAAGGGCGGCUCCCGGUGAGUCACGGCGCUGCCUCUCGCCCCUCCCCGAGCUGCCUCAUAAAGCUCCGCGGUGCCGAGCGCCGCCCGUGUCUGAGCCGCGGGCUCUCCUCUCCGUAUGUACGGGAGCGGUGCGCGGACAGCCUUGGGGGGCAUCGGCCGCGACUUGAGGGACCCCGGGAGGAGGAUGCUGGGGGGUACGGGACUAUCCCAGGCUCGGGGGGUGCUGGGUGGAUACGGGAUCGUAGACCUGGGGAGAGCAUGCUGGGGGCUCCAUUUUUGUCUGCAGAGCCCCUGGGACACCCUGCCUGGAUCCUCUUGCUCUGCUGGGGCCUGGCCGCUUGCUGCACAGAUGCCAUGGCCUCACAGCCGCCCAAAAUCACCAUCCUGCGGAUGCCAGCAGCGCUCCCUCACCCAGGUGAGAGUGUGACUGUGUCAUGCGAGGCGUGGAGUGGGCUUCCAGAGCUGACGCUGCUCUACUGGCUGGAGAACGGCUCCUUCGUGGAGAGCCUGCACCCGGAUGGGGCUGUGCAUGAGGGGACAGUGCAAGAGGAGCUGCGGGGCUCGGGAUGGGCCCUGCACCGUGAUCUGCACUUCAGCUCCUUCGACAGCCAGCACCUGCACACCAACUUCACCUGCGUGGUGCUCAGUCCCCUCGGUGUCGACACCAGGGAGGUGUCCAUCAUGAAGAUGACAUCCCAACUAAAGGGCAGGGUGCCCGUUUUCCAGAAGGAGAUGGAGCAGCCAGCAUGGGUGGGUUGGUGGCAUUGGGAUGUUCCUGUGGACACAGUAGCAGCUAAGAAGGUGGGGGCCAUAUGCAACACCAUCUCCGUGAUGGUGGAGGUCUUGCUGGUGUGGGGGGCUUGCAGUGGCCAGGGUCCUGGCCAGCAGAUGCUCCAUGUCCCCAUCAUGCUGCUGAGGACAGUGUAG